UCAAUUCAAUUUAAUUAAUUCCAACAAUCCAACUGUCUAUGACUUUUGAAAAGAACACUCUUCCAACCUAUGAUCAAUUACCCAUUGACCCCAAGUACCCUCCACAUACAGCCUGGGGUUUAUGGGGUGAGGAUGAUAACUAUGGUACCUUGAAUCUUUUAACCGAAGAGAGGGUUCAAAAGGCUGCUCAAUGCAUCCGUCGGGGAGCUGUUUUCCCUUUGAAUUGGAAGCUCGAAAGUCCCAAGCCAGCUUUGUUUGGUCGAUACGAGGUACAGCAUGAGUAUAAAUCCCUCGAUCCAAACGGUCUCGUUUAUGACGACUGCUAUCAUAACUUUAACACACAAUCCUCUACUCAAUGGGACGGUCUUCGCCAUAUGGCUCAUCUUCCUGCAGGUCAAUUUUACAAUGGCAUUCGACCUGAACAAGUAGUAGUGGCUAGGGGGGGCAACUCAGAAUCGAAUGGACGUUUGGCUAUCCAUCACAUGGCCCGUCGCGGUAUAGCAGGCCGUGCUGUCCUUCUUGAUUAUGGUCGUUGGGCAGCAGAGCAUAAUACUUUGUAUGAUCCAUUUGACAGAUAUGAAAUUACUGUAGAUGAACUGGACCAAGUAGCUAAAGCGCAAGGAGUCACAUUUGAAAUAGGCGACAUCCUGCUCGUACGAACAGGCUGGAUGAAAAUGUACGAGGAACUGGGUGAGAAGGUGACAGAAAGGAUCAAGGAUUUGGAGCAUCCUUCGUGUGCAGGCGUAAAAGCCUGUGAAGAGACUUUUCGAUGGGUUUGGGAUCACCAUUUUGCAGCCGUGGCUUCGGACAAUUUUCCUUUUGAAGCAUUCCCGCCUACAGACUGGGCAACCUCCUGCCGUAAGUAUAUAUAUACAUAGAAGGCAACACACGUGCACCAUGCUAUCGUUGGGAAUGAUUAGAAAAACUAAUUUUGCAUGAGAUGCGUUACAGAUUCCUACUUUCUGGGUGGGUUCGGUAUGCCUAUUGGUGAGAUGUUUGAUCUGGAAAAGUUGGCUGAGGAUUCAGCAAAGGAUAAGGUUUACACGUACUUUUUCACCAGUGCUCCUUUGAACAAGGAAGAUGGCGUCGCUUCACCUCCUAAUGCGCUAUGUAUCAAAUAAUGUGUCUUAUCUGUGUAAAAAAUUGUGUAUUAGUGUUUUGUUCCAAAGAGA